GUUAAUUAAUGUUGUUAAUUGUUCGUUGUUUAACCCUCUAAGAAAGCAAAGCGUACCUGCAGCGUACCAUUUGCAGACCUUACCGAAUUCGAUCAUAUUUGAAUUGUUAUUGUAUUGUGUUUUUGUCUUUCAAUUGAUUCAGUUCAUCGUUAAGCAAUAAAACACUUCCUUAUGAUCGGCUCAUUUUGGAAUUUGUGUAGAGCGUGCCCAUCAAUGCCGGUUGACAAGCUCCACUCGGAGUAUAGGAGCACUUAUCGUUGGCAUGAGUUCACUGGUAAUUCAAGGCCAGAAGUGGUACGGCGAGCACCAGCGCCAAAUCCAAGUCAAUUUGUGGGUACAACGAACGAACCACCACUACCACGUAGAAAAAAAUGCCCCGAAUUGGCCUACAAAUCGCAUGAGUUCAUUAUAGGUUCCGAAUACACAGAUGCGCGUAACAAUGCCGCUAACCGUAUGCCCAGAUCGGAAGAACGAAAUGGCACACCUUCGCGACGCAGCAAAUCUGAGGGUCCCCCAGCUGUGCCCAACGGACGGGCGUUUGCUAUACCAACGGAAGUGGAUGGACCGGAAACUAAACAGGCGGGUGAGUCGAAUGGCCUAUUCAAAAAGACCAUCUCAAAGUUGAGCACAGAGUAUCGUUUGCAAUUCGUUUGGCCCAAUGUACGUAGAAUACGAGAUCAGUCUGGGUCAAGCGUUCAAAGAACAACAGCAACAACAACAGCCAAAGAACAGCAACAGCAAGAAUUCCAACCGAAAAAAUCGAUAUCGUUGGGUGCGAUUCGAGGCCAACAUGGCUAUCAACAGCACCAUCCACUGCACCAACCAGAUCUUUCCCGGCUGGCUGCAAUGCCAUCUGUUCACAAAAAACGUACAACCAACCAAAAAGAAGCCACGCUACAUGAGUUGGAGCCGCUGGUUAGCGAUGCCGAAGAUAGAAAACCGGUUGAAAAACAAGUAACUAUACAGGAGAGAAAGGUUACCACCCGACCCUUCUCCCAGCUGAUUGAUCAAGAGCGACCCAAUCACUUUAUUACGAAGAAGGAGAACUUUGGUUUCGAGGAGGCAACCGAUGGUGACAAUAAGCGGCAACAUGCCAAGCAGGAGGCUGAGAUUAUCAUGAAUGGCUCGGCUCCACCACAUUCGAAACCGAAUUUGGAUUUGUGGUUCAAAGAGGUAGUAGAAUUGCGUAAAAAGGCUGGAGAAUAUAAGUCUCGUGGUUGGGGCACCGAAAUUGAUCCUGAACUGUAUAAUAAGCAAAAGGAUCUAUGGGAUCAGGUAUCGAAACGUAGCUCACUAUCAUCGCUUUGUUUGGCCUCUACCAUGCAAAGACCCAUUACCAAGGAAGAAAAAGAACAGGAAAACAACAAGAAAACAACUCCUGUAUCGAAAAAGCCUAGAAUUCCUGGACAGGCUUAUAUUUUGGAUAACAAAGAUGAACCCAAUGCACUGCCAGCACGUUUUAGUCAUAUACGUCACCAUUUGGAACGCACCACUGGACCAGAUGUUGAAGAGGGCGCCCUACUGCCUUCCCCCACCAGGGAGAAAUUGAUGCCUGCUAUAACUAAACGUGAAUCCGAAUCUCAAAGGGGUAGCCCCAAGAAAACAGCAGCCUCUCGUCAUGGUUCUCCUCAAAAGGGUAGUCCACAAAAGGGCAGUCCCAAGAAGGUGUUGAAAACACGCUCACAAUCGGUUGGCCCAGAACAUGAAUCGCCCAAACGUCAAAUACGCUCUGCUAGCACAGCGCCCACAACACGAUCAGCUGGCAAGAAAACUCCCACAGCUGCUACCGGAUCGGCCACAAUCGCUGAGCGUAAAGCACGACCAUAUGAAGGCGAAGAUGGCCGUGACACUGCCAUUUCUGUAUCCAGUUGCAGUCCUCAACCGGCACCUGAGAUUCCCGAUGAACCUAUUGUUAAAUCGCCUCCCGAGCCUACUCGCGUCAAGAGUCCUGAACAAAUAAUAAUGCGUUCACCCGAUCCAGUGAACUGGACCGUUCCACUGGACACAGGGAAAACAUUUACUGUCACACAAAAUGUUAAAGAAGGUGAAAAUUACAGCAGACCACAAAGUGAAAUAAAAGCUUCUACGCCCGUUGAAAAGCCACCACCUCCACCACAGUCGGCUCCACCAGAAUUGACUGAACAAGUCAAAAUGGACGCCUGGAAGAAUAAAAAGCCUAGCAACAACAACGAAGCAAAAUCGCCACAGAGCGCACUAAGUCCUACAUCGUCGUCGUUGUCGUCGUCGACCGUUAACAAGAAACCAUUGCCAGGUUCAUCCAUACGUGUCCUGGAGGAUCCAUUGUUUGACGUUGAUGUCAUAAUGGCUUCCAGUGCUGCCGCUGCGGCUACUGGCACCAGUGCUACUGCUGCCAAUCUGUCAUCAUCUUCGAAUUCAACAACAACCACAGCUUCAACAGCUCGUUCAACAGCUACCGAAGUGCUAGAAAAGGCUCGUGACCGUUUUGAUCGCUUCUGGGGCGGCAAUGUAACCAAAGAAGAAAGUGUCUAAGCGUUUAGUUAAGUGUCAUUUUAUUCUUUUGUUUUUUUUUAAU